AUGAGCUCGUUUCAGAUUCGCUCACUGGCCGUGCUCAUGCUGGGCGUUGCCUGUGCUCGUUCUGGUACCUCAGAACAUCACCUCCAGCUCACAGCAGUCGUAUCGGACAAGGACCAAAAUGCCGCGUUUGAAUGCUGGGAAUUUUCCACUGCCUUUACUGAAUAUCCGACUGUGGGGUCGGCCGUCAAUGGCCUUGCAGACGUGUCCAAUAUCUCAUAUGUCGUCCUACCACCCAGAUCUGGAGAGGGCCUUCACAAACCACCCCAUCCGAUGUUUUUCGCCUUGCUCUCGGGAUCAGCCCACAUCACCCUGCCAGAGGGCGAUGACGAGUUAUGGGUUAGAGACGGCGAAAAUGGGCUGAUAGUAGCUGUUGAUACUGUGGGAGUUGGCCAUUACACAGAGUACCCAUCGGAUAUUCCGGCAAUUGCGUUGCAAAUCCCAUUCAAGGAUGGCGUGGCACCUGCUCACCAGGUUAUAAAGCAUGGACCGUGUAGCACGACGGCUUCAGACAGCAAGGAGGAGCUCACUCUCCCAGGAGAUUUUGAGGAACUCAAAUAG